UCAAAUUUGACUAGAGAAAAAGUAGCUCAAUGUAUUGAUUAGUUGGUUGCCCUUUCCCCUCGUCGUAUCCACACCGAAAAUGUCAGUCUAAUGCGUCCAACUUUACAAAUUAACAAGUCAAUUAGACCACAAUUAGUGACAUGAAGAAAGUUUGUUUUAGUCCUCAUUAAGCGUAGACGGAGACGACUAUAAAAGGACUCUGGCAUUAUGAGUGUGUGUGCACACACACACGAAGCAUGACGGACAAUAGAAAGUGGCCAGAAGCGGAAAAAAUUAAAGGAGCUGCUGCUCCCUCAAUCUUUGACCACCCACUGAGACGGGCCAUGGUCAAUACGUUUUGGGAAUACACCGAACGGACCAAGGUGAGCGGCAUGUGGCUAUUAAGAAGGAAUCGUACACAUGGUCUAUCCAGAUUUAUAUGGUCAUCGGUGCUGAUGCAAUUGCUGCUCUUGAGCAUUUACUUAACUUUGCUGCUCUGGCUGAAAUUCUAUUCGUAUCCAAUUGUUAAUAACAUUUCGAAUGAUUUGUCCAUCACGGAUGUGGCCUUUCCUGGGGUGACCAUCUGUAGUCCCAAAGUUGUCAAUUCGGAGCGUGUGGAACGUUAUGUCAAGACCUUAAAGAUCCCCCCCGAGUUUGAUAUAGGCGAAGUGGCAGCUGGUUUUGAUUUCUUGAAUGCCUUUACGGAUCAGGGUUUUGUGCCACCCUCACAUGAUAGUUAUCGCAGCACCGAUGCCGUGCUCCGUCUGAACAAUGUCUCCAUUUGGGAGGCCGCCAUGGCGGUUAGUCCUGGCUGUGGGGAUUUUGUGAAACGCUGCUUCUGGGGCCACACGGAAUUCCAAUGCAACCAGAGUCAUGAGUAUUUAUCCUUUAUACCCACGACAGCGUAUUUGGGUCCUUGUUGCUCCUUCAACUACAAUCCACGCAAUGCCAGUUAUGUUCCCUUUUCGGCCAACAUUUUUGGCAUGGACGGCGGUUUGACUUUCAUUGGGGCCGAGGGUUCGGAAAGGAAUUUGAAUACGGGUCUGAUAGUUCUUGUCCAUCAUCCCAUGGAUUAUGUCACCGAAUCGGCUGCUUCGGUGACCAUAACAGCUCGCUCCGAGAGUUUCGUUGAGGUCUCACCCACCGUGCAGAGUUCAUCCGCCGAUGUUCUAGAGUUGGCCGAAAGGAAACGUGAUUGUUUGACCUCUGAUGAUUUGGAUUUACGUAAUUAUAGGCAAGCUGCCUGCAUGCUGAGUUGCCAAAUGGAGGCCAUUGUCAAGAGUUGCGAUUGCCAUCCAUAUUUAUUGCCCAUUGUGGGUAACAAAUACAAGGAAUGCAAUCUCAAUGAUACCUUUUGCUAUUCAGCCAACUAUGAUAACUUUAAGAGUGUGCGCUGUGAUCAGUGUUUACCAAAUUGUUAUGACGUUACCUACUCCACAUUGUCCUAUAGAACGGAUCUCAAUCAACAUCAAUAUUCAGUUAGUCGCUUUUAUGCUCCAGAGUCCCUGAACAAUGAUAGCUUUGUCCUGCGUGUCUAUUUGGCCAAACAAGUUGUUCCAGUCAUACGUAAAGUCACUGUCAUGUCAUGGAUUGGCUUACUUUCCGAUUUGGGUGGCAUUUUCAAUCUUUGCCUGGGCUUGAGCAUGAUUUCUGUUGUGGAAUUUUUCUAUUAUUGCAUUUAUCGACUCUAUGUAAAUUAUCAAUUGCAAAAGGAUCAAAUGCCGAAAAAGGCUUGGAAAUAA